AGUAAACAAAUGCAAACAAACGAGACCCCCCCAUAACUGGAACCUGCAUACCUGGUGUACACAGUAGACCCCCAAAAAUCCCAGACUCUAUUUAUAAACUACAUCACGUUACUUGAUGACGUUUCUGUGUUUGCCAAGCGCCAUUUCUCUGGGCUUCGCCUCUUCAAGAGCAGGCAACUGAUCGCACAUCGCGGCAGAGUAGACGCCACUGUGCACUUUUUUUUCAACCAACUGACUGAAGGUGACUUUCACUAGACUUCACAGGAGGUGAGAAAAAUGUUUGCGGUCAGUAGGUGAUGUUUAGUGUCCAGACGGCAUUUGUGGACUACACAUAUCAAGGGCAAAGGAAUUAGAGUUUUCUCUGGACCAGUAGGGGUAGCGUAUGGGGGCAGUGAAAUUUUGAUCUUCAAUAAUACUAAGGCAUUUCCUCUUCUAAUUGCAUUUGUGUGCAGGUAACGAUGGCACAAGCUUUCGACAAGAUCGGUCAGCACUUCACUUGUGAUAUUUGUCAAGACAGAUACAAACAGCCAAAGAUCCUAGACUGUGUGCACAGCUUUUGCCAGGCAUGUCUGGAGGAUUACUACACCAGCAGAUACAAGCAUGCUCGAAAAAUUCCUUGCCCUGUGUGUCGGCAGGAAACGGUUUUGCCAGAUGCACGUAUCCAAGGCCUGAAAACCAAUUUUCCGUUGAUGGGAAUCAUUGCAGAGAUCUCCGAACAGGAAAAGUUGGCACGGUCAGAAGAGAAGAACAAAUGCCAAAAACACCAGGGAGAAAUGAAACGGUUCUACUGUGAGACUUGUCAAAAAUUGAUUUGCAGUAGCUGUGCAGUGUUAGACCACUGUAAACCACAACAUCACUACAUUGACAUUGGAGAGGCUUCUCUCAAAUACAAACAUUCACUGAUAGACAAGUUUUCAGAUUUCCACAAAGAAAUAAAAGGACUGGAACAAUCUUUGGCUGCUUCAUCUCAAGCUCAGCGGGAAUUUGGAAGGAACGUCACAAAGACUAAGAAAGCUGUGCAGGACAGAGCGGCUAAAAUGAGAGCUGAGAUAACAACUCAAGAGAACAAGUUAAUUGAUGAGAUCGAUCAAAUUCAGCAGCAUUACAACAGAAUGUUUGACGAGCAUCAGAAAACAGUAAACAUGAUGCUACAAGGAAAACAACAAUCAGUGACAACAGCCAAAGAUGUCACUGAUACCAUGUCAGACAGUGAGUUUCUGUCCCUCUAUCCUAUCAUCAGUAAAGACUUGAAAUCGCUGAAGAGUCAAAAUCCUCCCAAGAUUGAUCCUAAGCUUUCGCAUUUGAGCUUCACUCCAGGUCAGUGGAUGGGCGCCAUCUCUCUGGGUAAGCUAGGAGGAGGCAAGUGGGAGUUGUGUCGUGAGUUUGGCAAAAAGGGAAGUUGUCAAGGAGAGUUUGAUUUUGCUCGGGGCAUUGCUGCUCCUCAACCUGGUGAAAUUGCAGUGGCAGAUGUUCGUAACCAGCGAGUGAUGAUCCGCAGCAACGAGGGAAAAUACAAGAAACUCAUCCCCCUCUAUUCAUUUCCAGUGGACAUCGCCGCCAUCCACAAUCAUGACAAUCAGUUGGUGGUUGUAGAUGGCACCAAGUAUGUCAAGGUGUUCGAUAAGAAGAACAAGCUGGCCCUCCAGUUCCCCACAGUGCCACAGAGUGAGGUAGACAAGACGGAAGUGGACCUCCAGAGUGUAGCAGUCAGGAAGGACGGCACCAUCCUAGUGGGUGAUGUCGAGAGGAUGGUGUGGACGGAGCAUAGACCCACUGAUGGUAAGAUUUUACUGCACGCCAUACCAGUCCUGACUCCACCUCACUUCCUGGCUGUCGAUCACUGCACUGAUAGGGUUAUCGUCAGCAGUGUUGACAGACAGAAGGUGGUUGUCACUGCUAGCAAUGGUACAACACUGGCUACCAUCAAACCAACCAUCGAUGGGCAGUCCGUAAGGGUCUGCUCUGGUGUCAGCUGUGACAAGUCAGGCAUAUACAUUGCUGUGUGCAGUAGGCCUGGCACUGGUCACAUUCACCACUAUGACCUGGAUGGCGUUUUUCUUGCUUGCCUGGCUCAAGGUCUGGACUCCCCAUAUGGAAUCACAUUCACAUCAGACGGGCAGCUGGCAGUGGCAGACAGAUUCUCCAUCAAGAUGUACCACAAGGUGUGAUGUCAUCCAGCAUGGCACUGACUAGCGAUCUCCUUCAUCAUCAUCAACUGUCUCAUCAACAGAAACUGUUGAUGAGACAGUCUGGUCUCUGCUCCACCAAUCAACCUUCAUGCCAAACAUUUUUGGAAUCCCACUUGAAAACAACCAAGCAUUUGAUCACCAUUGCCUUUCCACUUGAGAGACAAUUCUUGCACUGUUGAAGCUCACAACUCCCCUGUACCAAAACAGUUUCAUACUCAUGACUCAAACUACUCAACACCCAAACUAUCAUUUUGUAUAUGCCUAAAAUCGGUAAAGCAGUCCCAAGGAUUGAUUCAUGAGAGAUGGCAAUUUCAAAUCUUCUGACAGCAAAUGCAAGACACCACAAAGAGAGAAAGCUCUAUGAAUGCCAAAGAUUGGAAAAAAAACACUUGCCCUGCUCAAAAUGAUUUUUUUUAAUUCAUAGCAUUUUGAUGCAGACCAUUUGUACUGAUUGGGUUCACCUGCUCUAAUACAUUAAUCUAUUUCCACUUUCCUCAAUUUAACCAUAUUUCUUGAGGGGGUAUUCUUAGAAAUGUUGACCUUCUUUUGUACGUUUGCUUGUUUGCUUUACCUCAACUCACUUGGCAUUGUUGCUAGCAACCUCCUUAAACAUAAUCAAUCCUGACAAAUUCUCUGCCACUGGCCGCAUGCUAACUGUACAGGGCACCAAUGCCACAUUACUGUGCAAAACUUUCCAAGGGGCAAGAAGCUUGCUGCUUGCAAAUAUACCAACUGAGUUCUAUCUUGGUAAGUCUUGCAAAAUCCUUUUGCAAAGUCAUCAUAUUGAAAGAACAUGUGAACCCAACUUUGGUUAACUCAUCAAGCUGUUUGUUAAAGAUGAAAGACAAUAUCCAACCUGUUUAUUUGAUUUCUUAUCGUCAUUUGUACAAGCUAUCAAAGAUUUAAAAUUUGUCUAGCUUUAAUACCAGACUAAUUGCAUAAUUUUGUACAGUUCACUUAAUUUAAGUGAGGUUUCUUGAUAUUUUGUUACAACUUGCCAUAUUUUGUUAAUAUUGCAAGAUGUUAGUCGUUAAAGUUUUAGCAGAUGUCACUCAAGAAGCCCUUUACUCAUUAUCUCUGAAACAUAUCACUGCUUAUUAAGAUUUUCAAGACUUUGUUCCAAGGGGAGCAUUCUUGGUCACACAGUAUGUUUGUUAAUACCUUUGAUGAGUACAGUUUCAAGAUCCCUUCAUCCUUAAAAUGUGACAUUCUUACAUUUGUGACAUACAUCUAAAUGGCUACUUACAAGUUACAAUGAAUGACUGAUUUACUUCACUGACAUGUAUCAUGCAUAUUCAUUACUUUUAGAAGUGACUUAACAUAUUUACUCCACGAGUUCUUUAGUACGACUUUUGUUGCUUGCAAAUUAUAUUAGUGUUGAAAUAGCGUGAACAAAAUGCUUGGCUUAGACUGCUUGAUAGCUUUGGGAAAAACAAGCAAAUGAAACGUUGACCUAAUGGUGUAUUAUUAUACAUACAAUGUGAAAACAAGAACAAUUAAAAUUGAACAACCAACAGGUCAAAUUUAAACAAAAAACUGCAGCGCCUUACUUAAGUUCAUAUGUACUCAAAUUGAAUGUCAAAUACUCUUUGCACUUGUUUGAAUUCAUUUACAUGUGGUCAUGAUCACAGUAUUCAUUAGUUUUAGAAGGGACUGAAAUCUAUUUACUCCAGCAGCUGUUUAGUAUUGUUUUUUGCUGUUUGUUGUUAUUAUGAUGUUUAGAAAUUGUAAACAGUGAACUGCCUAGACUUCUUGAUGGGUUAGGAAGGGUUGACAGUUUGACAUACAAGAACUGUCACUGAUACACUAUGACAUUUUAGUCCAAUGAACAACACACACACAAUUUAUAGAGUCUUUGAAAUUAAAUGACUCCAUUGAGGGGUCAGUGUUACAUGGCUUUUAGAUUUGACCAGCAUGGUCAUUUGGUUGUAAACUGACCAGUAGACUUACCUCAGUCACAUCUUGAUUCCCAAGAUUCUUCCUUCAAUGACUCCAGGUCUUGCUUCAGGAGUUUCAACCUUUCAUCUUCGUCUAUUUUGGGGUUAGAUAUGUACAUGUUGCCUUCAGUGUUUGCACUGUUGGAACAGUCAUAUUUCAAGUUUGAAAAUCAAAAGGUGAAAAAUAAAACGAGCAAAUGCACAUCUUUUUG